UCGCUCUCUGCUGCGACAAGAGUCAUCGAGAACUAAAGCCAAACGAAUGAACGCGACCGCUUCUAUUGAUUUAUGUGGGUUAUGACUUUUGGUCUUACUGUAGACGGCACAGAUAGUGCCAGCUUGAUCUAUGUGGCCACUGGGCUGCUGUCUGGCGCAAGACCCAGGUCUAAGCACCCUCUGAUAUUUCUCUCGACCGUCGCUUCUCCUUGUUUGUCUGGACACCGGUUUUUAAAAACGACCCCAAACUGGAGGCAGCCCACUUCGGGACUAGAUAAACGAUGCAAGUCCGGACUGUGCGCACUCCUAGAGACAGCAUCUCUAGUUAGGUACAUUAAAGAGUGCUAGGGUCCAUCCAACGUUCCAUUUGUUUCUUUUCCGCUCGGUCGGCCUUUCAUCUUCCCUUCUUGAACCUUGUUUUUCUUCUCUUCGAGCUCGAUUGAUCUGUCUUGUGCGCAACGCAGAUCUCAUUCACACUCCUCACCCUCGUUCUAUCGCUUCAGGCCAUUACUGCGCCGGUUACCAAUGAUCAUGACGGAAAUUUGGGUACUCUACGAUUCUUGUGUGCACCGUCUGAAAUCCUCUAGGGCCUCAAGGCGGGGACCGUGAAGAAGCCCGUUACCAAACCUAAAGCAGUGUCAGAAACGCUCGCCAAAUCGACACCAAAGCCCGUCGCAAAACCCAUCGUAGAACAGUCAUGAAACCCGUCGCGAAACCUAUUGCCGUCAAGAAGCCUACCGCAGUAGCGAAAAAGCCCAUCGUGCCUACCAAAGCACCAGUACUCAAGGCCGCGAUGUCAGCCAAAUCUACACCGGCCAAGAACGUCACCACGCCUACCAGGCCCUCGAGACUCCCGACUUGUACUCCGGCGCAGAUCGAGGCACGUGAGUUCCUCCCCCUCGAGGAACAGGAAUACGAGCAUCUCGUCACUCGGGCGGGGCUUGGUCAC